AUCUGUGGGAAAGGACGGGCGGUAGUGAUUGGUUGUGGGUACACUGCCCAUUGCGGUGCUGUCGGGGAAGGUUUGCUCGGUUAAGUUGUAAGAGCCAUUGCAAGUCUUGUUCAGUGAUAUUUCGCUUCGAAUGAGAACCUGCAUAUGUUGUCGGUUGACAUUUUUAUAGAAUGUCAGCAUGUUCAAUCUUGCCAAGAAAGGACAUGCCGCCGUUGAUGUCAAAAAGUCCAUUCAGAAGAUUCUCGACACCAAGAAGGACUCAGCGACUCGCCUGAAACACCUUCGCAUCAUAUUGGAAAAUGUUGACCUUGUGGAAGCAAAAUAUAUUUUUGAGACCCACUACAGCCACAUCUACUACCUCUUCUAUGAUGUCUUUGCUGCAGCUGAGGCCAGCGUCAAGAUUAAGCCACACCGGGCGCACCGCGAAGACGUGGAGUCGGUGCUCUACAUCCUGGAGCACAUCCUGCUGCUGCUGCCUGAGCUGCUGCAGCAGCGCUGGCAGCUGCACAGCGUCAGCCGGGUGAUGCGCACCCUGCUGCACCCGGGCAACAUUCUGCGGCUGCGGCGCGAGGCCAUGAGGAUGUUCCUGAUCUGGUUCCAAGAGGUGGGCGAGCAAGCCUCGGAUGAACUGCUGUCGAUGUUCGCCACCCUGGUGCCGGGCUUCCCUCCGCCUGCGUCUCACGCGGCCCCACAGAGCGCGCCACGAGUGUCACCCGCCCACCCGGACAACAGGCACGUGGGCCCAGUGGACGUGGCGCCCAUCCUGCCGCCGCAGGGCGUCGAGAAGGCCUCUGACGACCUGACCCGGUUCUUCCUGGAGUGCCUCAUGGACAACAUGGUCACGCAGCUCACAAGGAUAGAGUGGAAGGACAAGGCGUACCAUGUGCGCUGUUUUAACUUUCUGUUCGACAACUUCAAGCAGUUCUAUCUUCCGCACAUAUUUCCCGACUUCAACUGGCACACGAACCUGUACAGGCCAACGCUGACGCUGCCCGAGCUGCGCCGCCAGCGUUCGCCGAUGGCUAGCUCUGUGGACGGCGCGCCGCGGCCGGCCGACCGGCUCGUCUCCUGCCGCGUCGUCGUCAUCCGCUGGGUGGCCAACUUCGUCGACGCGCCCGCCUCGCUGCACAGCCUCGCCUCCGACUCGAGCGGCGGCGCCGCCUUCGGACCAGUGGAGCCCUGCGGCCGGCACCAGCCGGACCAGGCGGCGCUCGUGCGCACCGUGCUCUUCGCCAGCCGGCAGAACGUCAACUUCGUCCACGAGGUGUUCAGGCAGGCGUUCCUGCUGAGCUGCCACUACUCGGCCGCCAUCAAGCGAGUCGUGCUCGUCUACAAGGACUGGAUCCAGAUCAACGUGCAGCUGCCGCCGUUCCUGCUGGAGCCCGCCGAGCUGACGCUGGACGGCCGAACGUCGGUACACGCAGAGGACGUGCGGGACUCGGCCCGGCCGCCGGGCCGCGCCGCUGCCGCCGCGGACGGCUCGGCCGGACUCUCCCAGAGCGUGCGCGCCGGCCUGCAGAAUACACUACAGCUGUUCAUCACCAACUCGGCCAACAUCUUCCUGCUGGAGCCGAGCCCCGAGUACCGCGGCCACUACAUGGAGGACCAGGUGGAGCUCUGCAAGCGCAUCCUCAACAUGUACCGCUACCUCGUCAUGAACGUCUACAUGUCGCAGGCCACCUGGGAGCAGCUGCUGCUGGUCCUUCUGCAGGUCACCACUCAGACUCUGUCCGGCGAGCCGGCCGUGAAGGCGCGCGAGCAGACGCUCGGCGCCAUCCUGGCCCGGCCGCUGUUCCAGACCCUGAUAGUGACCUGGGUGAAGGCGAACCUGAACGUGGCCGUCAGCGUGGAGCUGUGGGACCAGUUCCUGGGCACGCUCUCCUCGCUCACCGCCUGGGAGGAGCUCAUCAAGGAGUGGGCCAAAACGCUGGAGACUCUGACGCGCGUGGUGGCGCGCCAGGUGUACGAGCUGGACCUCAACAACCUGCCGCUGGACCGGCUCACUGAGCAGAAGAGCAAACGCCGCCGCGGCCGCACUGACGGCCACCAGUCGGCGGGCGCCUGGAGUCGACCGACGCCGCCGGCCGAGAGCAGGGACCACGGUGACGGGCCGGCGCGGCGCGCCUCGCUCCAGCCGCCGGACGACGCCCACUCGCAGCACGGCUCGGCCAGCAGCCAGCCGGGCGUGUCGCCGCACCCGCGGAAGCGAUACACCAGCGGGCUGGGCGCGCCGGCCGGCCUGGCGCCGGCCCGGCUGGUGCGCAGCCUCUCCGAGGGCAGCCUGGCGCCCAGCCUGUUGGCCGUCGAGCUGGUGGCGCCGACGGCCGGCCGCGCCUUCCCGCUGGCCGAGCCGGGCCCCAGGAAGGUCUGGCGCUCGGUCGACUCGCUGCGCUGCAGAGUGUCGCUGCACUCGCAGGCCUCGGAGCCGGAGCUGCACUCGCGCUCGCCGUCGCCGUCCAGCGGCCUGGAGACCAACUCCAUCAAGGAGUCGCCCAUGGCGCUGGACUUCGCCGCCGACGGCAACAGCAUCGACACCACCGACAGCGGCGCCUCCGAGCACCGAUCCGUCAUGUCUGGCGGCACCCUGCGCGGCUGGAUGCCGGACGUGGCCGUGGUGCUCUGGCGUCGCAUGCUCGGCGCUCUCGGCGACGUGAACCGGAUUCAGAGCCCGGCCGUGCACGCGCAGGUGUUCGACUACCUGAUCGAGCUGAGCGAGACGCUGGUGAAGAUCGAGGACAACCUGGGCGUGUCGGCCGACAACCAGUCCACGUGGUGGCCGGCCGAGCUGGUGCCGCCGCUGCCGCUGCUGGUGCCCUGGUGCCUGGAGGCGCUGCGACUGCCGGACUCGCACCAGGCGGGCCGGCUGCGCGCGCUGCGCCUGCUCUGCCUGCUGCUGGUGCGGCGGCAGCCGGCGCCGCUGCCGGCCGCCGCCGCCGCCCAGCUGCUGCGCGCCCUGCACGUGGGCCUCAGCUCGUCGCGGCCGGACGUGGUGCACACGCUGCUGCGACAGUGCGGCGCUGGCUUCCUGGCGCUGGAGCUGCCGGCCGCCUCGCUGCUCGUGCUCGACUUGAUCCACGCGUGCACGGCCGUUACCGCCAGCCAGGAGCUGCACGGCGUGCCGCGCACAGAGGCCGUCUCCAUACUGGGCAGCCUGGUGUGCUACCCCAACCGCUGGCCGCAGCUGCAGGCGCUGCAGCCGCGCACGCUCGAAAUGAACGUCGUGCCCUGCUCCGACCUUAAGGACAGUGUGGUGGCGGCGCUGCUACGGUGCGGCAAGCGCGAGCCGUCUGUGACAGCCCGCUGCACGGCGCUCGUCUCGCUCGCCGUCUACCUGUACGAGGAGCUGAUGCACGCCACCGGUCACGACAAGGUCAAGGAUGCCAUCCACAUCCUGCUCAGCGCACUGAAGUGCAACAGCCGGGCGGUGGGCCAGGUGGCGGCCGACAUGUUGGUGCUGCUGACGGACCACGCCUCGCUGCUGCUUCGGCUGGCCCCGGACGUACCCCGCCGCGUGGUGGAGGUGAGUGCCGCCACGCUGGAGUCGCUGGUGCAGGCGAGCGCCGAGCCGUCGCCGGAGGAGCGCUGGCUGCUGGUCUCGCUGAUCUUCUGCCUCGGCGAGUGGUGCAUGAAGCUGCCGAUUGACGUGCUCACCGAGCCCGACCAGCAGGGCAAGUCGCUGCUGCUGCGCGUCUUCAAGGCCCUAUCCGGAGGGGAGGUGCCGGCGUCUUCUCUUCACCCCCAGCCCAAUAUUACGCUUACAGUCACUGACCCGUACCAGCAGGUGCUGCACGUGGUGGUGGGCGACCCGUCGCCGUCGUCCGGCUCGCAGUCGGCCGACUCGCGGCUCUCGUCCGACGCCCGGGACAGCGCCCCGCAGGGCGGCGGCACCGUCGGGCUGGCGGCGCGCGCGGUGAUCUCGCACCUGGUGAACCACCUGGACCACUUCCCGAUGCUGUGCGGCGCCGUGCGGCUAGGCUCGCUCGUCUCCGAGCAUGAUGACCUGCCGCUGCUGGCGGCGCGCGACGAGCUCAGCUCGGACAUCUUCUACGCGCCCAACGUGCAGUUUUUCGUUCUGAACAACCGUUCGCUGCUGUCGCUGGUGGAGCUGCCAUCUCUGGAGGUGCCGGGCGGCGGGGUCACGGCCGGCCUGCGCACCGCCCACUCCCAGGUGCGCGUGAUCCUGCGGGACCUGGGCGGCAAGUUCUGCUGGGACGCUUCCGUUCUGUACGGCACCAUCAGCCAGCUGCACUCAUUCAGCGCAGAGUCGGCGCCGCUGCCUGCUGCCCGGCGCGCGCCGCCGCCCAUGGCGCACAGCAAGUCGGAGGAGUCGCUGCUGGGCGGCGAGGGCGACAUGGACAACCUGGACGACCUGCUGCUGUACCUGGACGACACGUCGCCAGAGUGCGCCUCCGCCGCGGACGCGGCGUCGGUGCUGCCGUCGGUGCUGGGCCAGGAGCGGCACGUGGAGGCCAUCAACGCCCUGCUGAGCCAGCGGAGCGCCGAGCUUGAGACGUCCCGCACCGUCGACAACAGGUACAGCGCCCCCGCCCCCGCCACCACCACCACCACCAGGCGGCAGCGGCUGCUGUUUAGCCAGCUGGGGCUGAGCGGCUGGGCGCGUCGGCCGCACAUCCACUUGCUGCGCAAGUCGGAGCGGCUGCUGCGCGAGCUGCGCAACCUCGACAACCAGAAAUGCCGCGAGACGCACAAGAUCGCCGUCAUCUACGUGGCGCUGGGCCAGGAGGACAAGCGCUCGAUCCUGGCCAACUCCGCCGGCAGCCAGCAGUUCGAGGAGUUCGUGGCUGGGCUCGCCUGGGAGGUGGAGCUGGAGACGCACACGGGCUUCAUGGGAGGAUUGCAGCGCAACGGCACCAGCGGCGAUACGGCGCCCUACUACGCCACCUCCUUCACCGAGUGCCUCUUCCACGUGUCCACGCGCAUGCCGUCCCACACGGAGGAGGCGCUCCUCCAGAAGACCCGGCACCUCGGCAACGACGAGGUGCACGUGGUGUGGUCGGAGCACGGCCGCGACUACCGGCGCGGCAUCAUCCCCACCGAGUUCUGCGACGUACUGCUCGUCAUCUACCCGCUCGAGAGCGGCCUCUUCCGCAUCCAGCUCUCCCGAAAGCCGGAGGUGCCGUUCUUCGGGCCGCUCUUCAACGGCGCCAUCGUGGGCCGCAAGAUCCUGCCCGGUCUGGUGCGUGCCACCGCUCUCAACGCGUCCAGGGCCAAGCGCAGCAUGUUGCCGCACUACCUGAACUUUUUCGAGGAGCGCUCGCAGGCGCUGGAGACGCUGGUGGCCAACCACCGCGAGCUCUCGACGUUCGAGGAGCUGGUGGGCAGCGUCUACAGUCCGGCGCCGCCUCUGCCCGACAUGGUGCCGCGGCCGGCGCACGGUGCCGAGCCGGCGCCGCUCGCGUCGGCCCUGGUGGACCCGGCCCACGCCGUCCAGCCGAGCAGGACGGGUCGGGCCAGCGAGCCACGGUCCAGAGCCGAUACGGACGGCGCUUUGGUGGACGUGGACCUCAGCAAGCCGGGACCGUCGCCCAAGACGCUGAAGCGGCUCUCGUUCAAGACCACCGUGCGCAAGGCGUCGACGUCGAUCCAGGAGACGAUCCAGGGCCUGCCGACGGCGGCGCGCUCGCACCUGGGUGGCUUCCAGCCGCCGGCCACCACGCCGCCCGACAGCCCCUCCCCGCGGCUGCGCAAGUAGACGAAGUCCGGGCGGCCCAGGGAGCAGGGACACGCUCGGAGCCUGAGGCCGGCCGGCGCCGGGCCGUCCGGCUCAGGGCCACACUGGCCCCGAGACAGACGGGUCUGGGGUGCGCGCGCCUCGGAGGGCGGGCGGCCAAGCCUCGUGAGCUGCGGAGGAAGGGGUACCGGCGCGGCCCCCACCAGCCGCCAGCGGCCCCCGCCAGCUGCAACGGCCUCCGCCGAUGGGAAGCGCCGAGUGUCUGUGUGCCGCCCGGCUGGAGCGGGCGUCCGACGCGGUCGUGCAGCAGCAUCUGCGCGUCGCAUCUGCGCAUGCGCGGCCUUGCAGCAGCAUCUUGUUACGCAAGCCUGAAUACUUUUUACGUAGGUAGAUGCCAUGCCAAAGGUCUAGGAUAAGGCUGCUGUUAAAUAAUCGCCGAUUAGCCUCCUGUGAUAGUCGCUUGCUCCUGACGAGCCGCUGCCGCACGCUCGCAGUGUGUCGUGCGCGUCUGUAUUAUUGGCAGGGCCGCGUGGCCGGUGGUGCCGCGUUCUGCGAGAUUGGGGGUGGCGGUGGGUGCACCCUGUGGGUGGCGGGACACCGGGGGUAGACUGCCGAGCUGUCUGGGAUGGGUGAGCGGUGAGACGUCGGCAGGAGGUCGGGUUU